AUGAUGGCUCUGCGCGGCGAUGCGGAGGCUACUCCCUUACAAGGCAAACUCAACCGACUCGCUGAUCUUAUCGCAUGGGCGGGUAUGAUCGCCGGUUUGGUCCUAUUCGUCGGCCUUAUGAUCCGGUUCUUCGUCCAAUUGGGCACUGGCGAACCUGCGAUGACCCCGGCCCAGAGAGGAAUUUCGUUUGUCAACAUUCUUAUCAUUGCAGUCACCUUGGUCGUCGUCGCUGUACCCGAAGGUCUUCCUCUGGCAGUAACAAUCGCGCUUGCGUUCGCGACGAAACGCAUGACGAAAGAACGUCUGCUCGUGCGCGUUCUUGGAUCUUGCGAGACAAUGGCGAAUGCGACCGUCGUAUGCACGGACAAGACUGGAACGCUUACCCAGAACGAGAUGACAGUCGUCGCCGGCUCGGUUGGCAUCGCGUCGAAGUUCGUACGCGACCUUGCAAAUAACGGCGGACGCGCGGAGACAGACGCUGGAUCGAGCCCUGGCUCACCUUCGACCGAGGCUCAACGUUCAAGGCGUUUCGCACAGGAUUUCCCGCUUGAGCUCUCCGAUCUCGACCAGGUUCUUAGCCCUGCACUACGCACGGCUUUCAACGAGUCUAUCGCGUGCAACAGUACCGCAUUCGAGGACACAGACCCGGAGAGCGGUGCGCGUAUCUUCGUUGGCUCUAAGACGGAGACGGCUCUGUUGAAGAUGGCCGUCGACUUGAAGUGGAACAACUACCGUACCACGAGGGAAGGCAAGGAGCAGCUUCAAGUCGUACCCUUCAGCUCGGAACGCAAGGCUAUGGGCGUCGUCGUCCGCCAUGGCAAAGGAGCACGGUUCUACCCCAAGGGCGCUAGCGAGAUCUUGGUGGACAAGUGCCGGAGCCAUGUGGUCGUUCACAAGCCUGGAGAGAGCAAAGGUGGCAACGAGGAUGAGAUCGAGACGGCUGGAUUCAACGACGAUGAUAAGGAGAACGUUUCGAGGACUAUCACUUUCUACGCUGGCCAAUCACUCCGGACUAUCGCGAUCUGCUACAGGGACUUCGAACACUGGCCACCCACCGAUGCAGCUGUCGGUGAGGACGGCGAGAUCCCCUACGACACCCUUGCUCGUGACCUUUGCCUCAUCUCCAUCACCGGUAUCGAGGAUCCCCUCCGUCAGGGCGUCCGCGGAGCCGUCGCGGAUUGUACUCGUGCCGGCGUCCAGAUCAAGAUGUGUACCGGCGACAACGUCCUUACGGCCCGAAGUAUCGCGCGUCAGUGCGGUAUCUACUCGCCCGGUGGUAUCGUCAUGGAAGGCCCUGUAUUCCGCUCCCUCCCGCCGCACGUUCAGGAGCAGGUCGUUCCUCGUCUUCAGGUGCUCGCUUGCUCCAGUCCCGAGGAUAAGCGCGUUCUCGUCGACACGCUCAAGCGCCUUGGCGAGGUCGUUGGUGUUACAGGCGACGGUACAAAUGAUGGUCCCGCGCUGAAGACGGCCGACGUCGGAUUCAGCAUGGGCAUCGCCGGCACGGAGGUCGCGAAGGAAGCCAGUGACAUCAUUCUCAUGGACGGUAACUUCGCCAGCAUCGUCAAGGCUGGCAUCGUGUGGGGACGUGCGGAUAACGACGCUGUCCGCAAGUU